AUGACCCAAUCAAUAUUUUAUUCUUUAUCCUCAGGAUUCCAGAUUCAGGAUGUCCCUUUGGGAUCUUGUGAAAAUAAAUACUGUGGCUUGGGAAGGCACUGUGUCAUCAGCAGAGAGACAGGGCAAGCGGAGUGUGCCUGCAUGACCCUUUGCAAACGACACUACAAACCUGUCUGUGGAUCUGACGGAGGAUUCUAUGAAAACCACUGCGAAGUGCACAGAACUGCUUGCCUGAAGAAACAGAAGAUCACCAUCGUUCACAAUGAAGACUGCUUCUUGAAAGGAGAUAACUGCAAGGCCACUGAAUACAGCAAGAUGAAAAGCAUGCUUUUAGAUUUACAAAAUCAAAAAUAUAUCACACAAGAAAAUGAAAACCCUAACGGUGAUGACAUAUCUCGGAAGAAGUUGUUGGUGGAUGAAAUGUUUAAAUAUUUUGAUGCCGACAGUAAUGGACUUAUAGAUAUUAAUGAACUAAUUCAGGUGAUAAAACAGGAAGAACUUGGCAAGGAUCUUUCAGACUGUACUUUGUAUGAUCUACUGAAGUACGAUGAUUUUGACUCUGACAAGCACCUGGCUCUUGAAGAAUUUUAUAGAGCAUUCCAGGUUAUCCAAUUGAGUCUGCCUGAAGAUCAGAAACUAAGCAUUACAGCAGCGACUGUGGGACAAAGUGCAGUUCUGAGUUGUGCCAUUCAGGGAGCGCUGAGACCUCCCAUCAUCUGGAAAAGGAACAAUAUCAUUCUAAAUAAUUUAGAUUUGGAAGACAUCAAUGACUUUGGAGAUGAUGGUUCUUUGUAUAUUACUAAAGUUACCACAACUCACAUGGGCAAUUACACCUGCUAUGCAGAUGGCUAUGAAAAAGUCUAUCAGACUCACAUCUUCCAAGUGAACGUCCCUCCAGUAAUCCGGGUGUAUCCAGAAAGUCAGGCUAGAGAACCUGGGGUCACUGCGAGUCUGAGGUGCCAUGCAGAGGGCAUACCAAACCCUCAGCUGGGCUGGCUGAAGAAUGGAAUCGAUAUUACACCAAAGCUGUCCAAACAACUCACACUUCAAGCAAAUGGCAGUGAGGUUCAUAUAAGCAAUGUGCGCUAUGAAGAUACAGGAGCAUACACUUGUAUCGCAAAGAAUGAAGCAGGGGUGGAUGAAGACAUCUCUUCUCUUUUUGUGGAAGACUCUGCUAGAAAGACCCUAGCUAACAUAUUAUGGAGAGAAGAAGGCCUAGGAAUUGGAAACAUGUUCUAUGUUUUCUAUGAAGAUGGAAUCAAAGUGAUACAACCCAUAGAAUGCGAAUUUCAGAGGCACAUCAAACCUAGUGAAAAGCUCCUUGGAUUUCAGGAUGAAGUCUGUCCCAAAGCUGGAGGAGAUGAAGUUCAGAGGUGUGUGUGGGCCUCAGCCGUUAAUGUCAAAGACAAGUUCAUUUAUGUUGCACAGCCAACUUUGGACAGAGUUCUAAUUGUUGAUGUACAGUCCCAAAAAGUCGUUCAGGCAGUAAGCACAGACCCGGUCCCGGUUAAAUUGCACUACGACAAAUCACAUGAUCAGGUCUGGGUGCUAAGCUGGGGUACCAUGGAAAAGACUUCUCCAACCCUACAGGUAAUAACCCUGGCCAGUGGGAACGUGCCACACCACACGAUCCACACCCAGCCGGUGGGAAAGCAGUUUGACCGAGUGGAUGACUUUUUCAUUCCCACUACAACACUCCUCAUCACCCACAUGAGGUUUGGAUUUAUUCUUCAUAAAGAUGAAGCUGCGCUACAAAAAAUUGAUCUUGAGACCAUGUCAUACAUCAAGACAAUUAACUUGAAGGACUAUAAGUGCGUCCCUCAAUCCUUGGCGUAUACUCACUUGGGAGGAUACUACUUUGUCGGCUGCAAGCCUGACAGCACUGGAGCCAUUCCACCCCAGCUCAUGGUGGACGGCGUAACCGACUCCGUCAUUGGAUUCAAUAGUGAUGUGACGGGCACUCCAUACGUCUCUCCAGAUGGGCACUAUCUUGUCAGCAUUAAUGACAUGAAAGGGCUUGUAAGGGUCCAGUACAUCACCAUCAGAGGAGAAAUACAGGAGGCUUUCGAUAUUCACACAAAUCUGCACAUAUCUGACCUGGCGUUUCAGCCAUCCUUUACUGAAGCCCACCAAUACAACAUCUAUGGCAGCUCAAGCACACAAACUGAUGUGCUCUUUGUGGAGCUCUCCUCUGGGAAGGUGAAGAUGAUCAAGAGCCUUAAGGAACCCCUCAAGGUAGAAGAAUGGCCUUGGAACCGGAAGAACAGGCAAAUCCAGGACAGUGGCUUGUUUGGUCAAUAUCUGAUGACACCUUCCAAGGACUCUCUCUUUAUACUAGAUGGACGACUCAAUAAGUUAAACUGUGAGAUCACUGAAGUUGAGAAAGGAAAUACAGUCAUUUGGGUUGGAGAUGCUUAGGAGCCCAUUUAGAUCAUGAUCGAAUGAAGAGUUUUCCAGUACAUUGCACUUAAUUCAUUGUUUAAAUUUACAGCUUAACUUUGUAAGUUUAUAUCCUAGUCAAACAUAAGUUACUUGGUUGGCCCAAAUAAAAUAGAUUUUUUGGGGGGCCAAGAAAUAUACAGUUAGUAACAUUGGUUGACUAGAAUAUUUUACCACAAUAUUUAAUAAGAAACUACAUUAAUCACAAGAAUCAAAUCUAAAAUUAUGUUUUAAGCCAACAAAAUAAGAAUUUAAAUACUUAAAAAUAACUCAACUGCAGGGAAUUUCAGAUGACUUUAAGCACCAUUUUAUUUUGAGGGUGGUUUAUCUAUAUUUUUUUUCUUUACCCUUUUUUUUGGUAUGCUUAAACCAGAAAUCAAAGGUAUUGUGGAACCUUAACAUUCUUAAUUCAAAAUGUCUUGUCCCAUCCACUGUUUAUAAUCUUUUGUGCCUUGAAGGGAAUGUCACAAGAGGAAAAGGAAGGCUAAAAGCUGCAUACUGAACACCCUCAUAGCUAUAAAUCUCUUGUCAUUUAAAAGACAAAGUUUAACAUCUCUUGCACUAAAUCCUGCCUUGAGUCAUUUUUUAACCCUCAACAAAAUAUCAUUUGAAGGCAUAAAUUGGUCUUAGGUUGUAUACAGGUGACAAACUCUCUUUGACACUCACUGUAUAAUCUGCAGCAUGCUAUGGAAAAUGGGAAGAAAGGGAGGAAAACUAAUUAUGGUAAAAUGUUUGCAAUGUUUUCUGUAUGCAUUUUGCUUUCAAUCACUAAUGAGUGCAUUAUAUUUCUAAUGCAAGUUUGUCCGGGAUGUCAACUGCUUACAUAUGUUUAUUAUUAACAGAAUAAAUUGUUUUCCUUUCAUGUAGUCCAGUGUUGCAUCAGCAAGAACUCUCAUUUCUAAAAAAGAAGCAUUAUUUGUGUCUGCUUAGAGUAAACUGUAUACAAGGAAAUUAACACCAGGGAGAACAAAACUGGCUAGAGAAUUGGUGAGUAUUAGUGUUUUAGGAGAAUUAGGGUAGAGAAAUUGGGAAUUAGAGGCAUAGCUCCACAGUGGUGAGUAAAGAUGUGUUUUACCAUUGCUUUUGCUAUUUAAAUGUGUAACCCAUUACAGGACUUUAUUCCUUAAUAACUUUCCUAAAUGACUUCUGUUGAACUCCUACAUAAUCCUUAAAUAGCCCACUCACUAACUGUGGGCUGUAGUUUGAAACCUAACUAAUCCUCUUAUUUGAGACACAACAUACAAGUAAAAAUUAUUGCUUUUUUUUUUUUUGAGGGCAAAGAAAAGGCCAGUAGAAGCGGAUUAAAUCUAGAGACUUGGUUUAUUGAAAUAAGCAGAUAAUUACCCAGGCUUAAAGUAAUAGCUUACAUGUUUUGAGAACCUUUUUAGUUAUUUUAGCUUUGUUACUGCUAAAAAAUGCUAAUGGGCUGUUGAAAUGACCUCCAUGUACUGAAGGUAAUCCAAUAAGGUCUUUUUUAAACUCAAAUUUUACUCAAGCUUAAAUUGUGUAAAACUGCUUAGAAACCUGAAAUUUUAUAGUGUGUAAUAUCUUACGUGUAUAUAGCAUUCUGAACUGUGUGAUACACUAGAUCUCUUCUUAGCUUAAGGAAACAUUAUGGGAGGUAGAUUUAAUAAACAACAACAAUCAGCUUAUGUUUCCACUUAUCUGCUUUCCUUUUAGCAAUUUACUCCCUUGUUAACACGAACCAUAUAAAGUGUCUGUGACCUGGUUGAAUGUAAGUCCGUCUCAUACAUCUUUCUUUGGUAGCUUACACCAUGUGGAUGCUUUGUCUGUAGACAUUGCUUGAUAAAAGGAGAAUAAACUUCUUACAUUUUAACCUUUGA